AUGUCGCAAAAUGAACUUCUAUCUAAAGCUAAACAAAAACUUCAAGAAAUGAAUAAAAAAGUUCACAAUGCAGCAAAAAUAUCAGAUAAACAUCGUCUUAAUAAGGCAGAAAAUGAUACUCCUAAAGUACAAACAAAACAAAAAUUUAAUAAAGCCGAUUAUCUUUUUGAAUUAACAGAAAAAAUGGUUGCUGAUGGAUUUGAUGCAGAUGAGGUAACCAAAUAUAUUGAAAAAUUGGAAAAAUUAUCAGAAAAAUCAGAGCAACAUCUUGAAAAUAAUGAAAUAACAGUUACAAAAGAAAUUAAAAAGAUAAACAAGUCAUUACGACAAUUUCUAAAUCCAGCAGAUAAGUCAUCAGAAGCUUCUUCGGUUAUAUCUAGUGAAGAAAAUAACAAAUCAUCAAUAGAUAAUAAAACACCUCAUAAGGAAGAACAAAAUCUUCAUAAGCAAGAUGAAGGACCAAGCUAUUCAGAGCUUGCAAGACGAAAAAGUACUCCAACACCUAAAAAGACUCCAGAGCAAAGAGAAUCUAAAAUUCCGCACUACACGCCAACAAAGAUUCCUAAACAUAAAGAAAAACAGCCUGUUCAGCCAGAGCCAAAUGAUGAUGUCCAGAUGACUGGCGCCGGAGCACAGUUUCUUGCUUCUCUUGCCUGUGAUGAAGAAGAUGAUAAUAAUAACAUGUAA